CAGGCAGGCAGGCAGCCUGGGCUGCCAUUUUCUCAGCUCCCCCCGCCUGGGCCCUGGAGAGCUUGUAAGGCUUGUAGCUCGUUGGGGAAGGCACCUGUGGUUAUACCUAUGCCAUUCCUUCGGUUUCCUUGAGGGUAUUGAUGUCCUUUUAUUAAGGGUUACAUGACUUGGGGGCUGGAGUCCAAAGUGACUGGUCCAAAGAGAAACCCAUGAGCUUGUAUAGAUGUCAAGGUGCUCUUGACAGAGAAGGAAGGAAGUGUGACUGAGCCAGGUUUCCUGUUCAUUGUACCAGGGUUACCCUCUGAGGGGAUGGCGGGGCAGGUGGCAGGUGGAACUGCAGGACCAGCUAAGGGUAGACUGACGGGCACUGAGUUCUGUAUGGGUCAGGCUCAGUUUGGCUGUAGGGCAUUUGCACACACACAGUCAGUUUAUCAUAAAAUUCCACUGACUUCAAAAUUUGUCUUUUUUUCCUGGCAUCUCAGUGUCUGAAAUGUUUCGGGCCUUUAAAAAAAAGUUACCAGAGAAAGCUGGCUUCGGGUUAGAACGUUCAGCAGAUUAGCAAAUGGAGCUUCAGCUCGAAGAAUGCCAUCUGACCAGAGGCAGCAAAGGCAUCACUUCAGUCUCUGGGGACCAAUAAUCCUGCAGGCAUCCGGAGCCCUCAUGGUGUCAUUCAGCUGCAGCAGUGCCCUUACAGAUACUCAUUAUGACCAUGUGUAUCCCCGAAUAGCUGUUAGAUGAGGCUCGUUUUUUUACUUGUAUCCCCGAAUAGCUGUUAGAUGAGGUUCGUUUUUUUACUUGUAUCCCCGAAUAGCUGUUAGAUGAGGUUCGUUUUUCCAAUUGAGAGCCAGAGAAGUGUAUAAAAUAUAAAAUUUUAUGCAAAUGUUAGGCUCUUUUUCAAGGGUUAAUAUAAGCGUUUUGAAAAUUCACAUGGUGCUUCUGGCAGUUACUGGGCAAAGUGGUGUCUCUACCUUGGGAGCACCUGAUUGAUCUUCCUUAGAACCCUCUAGUACUUGUCUCGUAGGCUUUGAUUUCUUUUUCCCCCCUCCUUUUGGCCUUGCCUUUGGCGCCUCAGCAUGUUUAUUCAUCACCUUUGGGUAAAUCUGUAAACAUUGAAGCCACCUCUCAGCUGCUACUCAGUGUCUUAGCCUGAAGCUUCCCUUGACCUUCGCUCUCUGUCUGAAUUCUGAAUGACAGCUGGGGAGAGUGCUCUUUUUACUCUGAUGUCACCAUUUUGCUCCUGCUUUGAUGGAGCCUGGGCCUGGGAUAGCUUGUAUGGACCUUCUGCAAGCAGCCAGGACCCUUGACAUGUUUACUGAGUGUGAAGCCCUGCCCCACCGUCAGGACCUGUCCCACACCAGGGGCCUGACCAUUUCUCCAUCUGUACUGAGGAAGCCUCAGAACCAGCUCAAAGGAGUUGGGAGUUGCGGUUGUUGAUAAUUGCCCUUUAGACAGUUACCUGGGUCACACAUUUCUCCUAAAAUGUGAAAAAAAAAAACAACCCCACGCUCCUUCGCAUUUUAUUGUACCCAAGUAUCAUGUGUUUGUAUACGUAUAUAUUUUUUAACUAAGAAGAAAAAUAACCCUGCCUUUGUAACGCAAUCCUUUUAACAAAUUGUUUAUUGUUGUAUCCAGGUAACAAGCAUGGAUCAGACUGCAAAGGAUAAGGCCCUGCAGCACAUGGCCGCCAUGUCGUCAGCCCAGAUCGUAUCAGCCACUGCCAUUCACAACAAGCUGGGGCUGCCGGGGAUUCCACGCCCCACCUUCCCGGGGGCGCCGGGGUUCUGGCCGGGAAUGAUACAAACAGGACAGCCUGGAUCCUCACAAGACGUCAAGCCCUUCGUGCAGCAGGCCUACCCUAUCCAGCCAGCGGUCACAGCCCCCAUUCCAGGGUUUGAGCCUGCGUCAGCCCCAGCUCCCUCGGUCCCGGCCUGGCAGGGCCGCUCCAUUGGCACAACCAAACUCCGCCUGGUGGAGUUCUCAGCUUUCCUCGAACAGCAGCGAGACCCAGACUCGUACAACAAACACCUCUUCGUGCACAUCGGGCAUGCCAACCAUUCUUACAGUGACCCAUUGCUCGAGUCAGUGGACAUUCGUCAGAUUUAUGACAAAUUUCCUGAAAAGAAAGGUGGCUUAAAGGAACUGUUUGGAAAGGGCCCUCAAAAUGCCUUCUUCCUCGUAAAAUUCUGGGUGAGUAAGACCUUGCUGUGAUUUCAGUGGUUUUUGUCUGAAUGGUCGCAUCCCGCACUUGAGGGCAGAACACUGGCUGUGGAUUCCCGCUGACUGAUCUGCAGGAUCGCCAAGGGAUCACAGACUCACAUCCGUGGGCCGUCCUCAUGCUGGCCUUGUGGCACAUCCAUGUGGUGACCCAGAUGGCAUUUGCUGUCCCUGCCAAAAAGACACAGGCAGCUGCUUGGGCUUCAGGGCUCUCUCAUGCAAUGACAAGAAACUUUGCAGAUGGCUGGGGUCACAAUGGCAGACGUGAGGCACUUCGACCCUCUUUCUGUUUGUUCUCACACCAUUAAGCAAAGCGACCUAUAAAUUCCACUGGAGCGUAGGACCUGAGGCAAAGAAGGGGCUUGGGUGGAGCUAAAGACAUGCUUCAAGAUUUUAUAAGUGUCAGAGAGAAUACAAAAUGGCUCUGCCCAUUACGUGCCUCAUUUGUGUUUUAAAACACCAAGGGCACAUUCCCCCAGCUGCUGGGGCUUCCUGCUGUCCCCCGGCCUCUGAGGAGAGCUUUGCUGUCCCUUCUCCACUAGUCAGGCCCAGGCCAGGGGACUGCUGUUGGGUCAGGGAUGUCACAGCAAGCGUAAGGAUAAUGUGUGUGUACUGGGGACUUAAGAGCAGAGGACCUGCUGGCACUGAGCGUUUAUAACUCCUCAGGCUUGACAAGAAUAAAAAGAAAAUGGCUUCAAAUGUUUGCGCUUCUGAGCGUGGCAUUAAAGGCCCUAAAAGAGCUGGUUCCGGGUGUUUCCCUUGCUGUCUGUCCUACGGCCAGCCUUUGUGUGUGAGUGGGUGGACUUUUUACUUUUCCUCCUUUCCCUCCUUCUUUUGAGGUGGUGGCUUCUUUAUUGUAGCACCUUCCUCACUUAAACAAAUGGUUGAUUUUUCUUUUAGUCCUAUCGCGUUGUGUGGUUACUCAGUUCCCAUGCUGUGUCAUAAUUAUUUGGAGGUGUGUCCCACUCCUCUCUGGACUCGACUGCUUCCAGGCACCUUAUUCAUGAUGGUGGCUACACUGAUUGAAUGCCUGCUGUGGACCGGGAGCUGCGCUCAUGCUUUACAUGCAUUUUAUCCAGUCUUCCCAGUGUUACCUGGAAUUUGCCUCAUAUCCAACUAAGAAAACAGAGACCCAGAGAUUACAAAGUACAGGCUGCACCAGGGUGGGGACCUGGGGCUUGAAAUCAGAUCCGUUUGACUAUAGUGCCUUUGCUCUGUUUCCUGGCUGCUUCAUGCCCCCUGGACCCCACCCACAGGGUCUGUCAAUCGCUCUCCAUAUCUGCGAAGCUAAGCAAGCGCCUGGCACAAAAAAACUCAACAAAUGGGGGAAGCAAACAGAUGAAGUAAGGAAAAAUUCAUAUUUUAAAUUCCUUGGGAGGAAAUUUACAUAUUAAAUUUAAUUCGUUUAGUUUUUUUUUUAUAAUCCUUGCAUGGUAACUGGAUUUCAUUUGUCAUGCUUCCAUAUUGAAUUUGGAUUGUGGAAGUAGCCUUCUACUUAAUUUAAUGUUCUCGGGAUCAGUAAUACAUGUGGACACCCUGAAAAAGCACUUCCUUUUUCUAAACAGUCACUUCCUUUUUCUAAAUUAGUGGCUGCCACCUAGUGACUUGAAUGGUGGCUGGGGGUCAGUUGUUACACGAUAACACAGCAGUUUUCAAAGGGUGUUCUACAGACCCCUAGGGAUUUCCUCAGUAUCCUGUCUAUGGGCUGACAAGGUCAAAACAAUUUUCAUUAUGACACUGAGAUAUUAUUUUCCUUUUGAACUCUGCUGAUGUGCGCAUUGAUGGUUCAAACAUAAUAGGGUAAAACUGCUGAAGCCUUGGAUCAGUCGGGCCGGGCUGCAUGCACAGUUUUUGGGGGCUUUUUUUUUUUUUUAAUAAAUUUAUUUUUUAUUUAUUUAUUUUUGCCUGUGCUGGGUCUUUAUUGCUGCGUGCGGGCCUCUCAUUGCAGUGGCUUCUCUUGUUGCAGAGCACGGGCUCUAGGCACGCGGGCUUCAGUAGUUGCAGCACACGGGCUCAGUAGUUGUGGCUUGCGGGCUCUAGCGCAC